CCUCUCUGCUUCACUGAGUCCAUCUGCCAGAGACCUUCUUCCUCUUUUGUGACUUGACAUCACGGCGCAAAGGGCUGAGCCUUACAGUCACACAGAGAACUCAAUGCCUGAGAGAGGAGAGGGGCCGGGGAGGUGUGGGCCAGUGGACUAGCUGGACAGCUGCGAAGCAGAGGUGUCCAGGGCUAUGGCUGACGCCAUCACCUAUGCAGACCUGCGCUUUGUGAAAGUGCCCUUGAAGAACAGUGCAUCUAACCAUUUAGGACAGGACUGUGAGGCUUAUGAGGAUGGAGAACUCACCUAUGAGAAUGUGCAAGUGUCUCCAGUCCCAGGAGGGCCACCAGGCUUGGCUUCCCCUGCACUAGUGGACAAAGCAGGGGUCAGGUCAGAGCAACCAACUGCGUCCUGGAGCUCCGCGAAGUCGUCCGCUCUCGGGCCGAUUCCCCGCUGUCCUACAGUCUGCUUGCAAUACUUCUUGCUUGGCCUUCUCCUGGCCUGUCUGAUGUUAGGGGUGGCUGUCAUCUGCCUGGGAGUUCGCUAUCUGCAGGUGUCUCGGCAGUUCCAGGAGGUGAGCAGGAGUUGGGAAGCCACCAACAGCAGCUUGCAGCAGCAGCUCGGGGAGACGAUAAGUCAGCUGAGGCAGAAGGAGGUGGAGCUUCUGCAGUCACGGAGAGAGCUGAACUCGAGUCAGGACACAUUGCAGGAGAAGCAGAAGACUCAGGAGGACACUGAGCAGCAACUGCAGUCCUGCCAGGCUGAGAGACAGAAGACCGAGGGGAGCCUGAGAAAUGAGGAGGAGCAAAGGAGGGACCUGGAGCAGAGGUUGAAGAGCACGCGGGAGACACUGAGGCGCUUCUUCUCCUGUUCAUCAGACACCUGCUGUCCAAGGGGAUGGUUCCAGCAUCAGAAAAGGUGCUUUUACAUCUCACGUACUCCCAGAAGUCUGGAGACGAGCGAAAACUACUGCGCAUCUCAGUCCUCCAAACUGGCUGCACUCAUCGAACCUAAGAAUUCCUAUCCAUUUCAGGUUUCUCUGCCCAACAGUUUAAAGGAGUUGCUAGAUGGCUCAGAGUCAUACUGGAUCCAACAGAUGAGACUUACUGAAGGUGAUACACAAAAUGGGAAGAGGAGUGCCUGGAGGUCUCUAGCGCAUCCUCAAAACAGUACGACGGCAUAUUCCUGUAACCCUAGCACCCAGGAGGCUGAGGAAGGAUUGUGAAUUAAGGCCAGUGUGGCCUACACAGCAAGACCCCUUCCCACAUCUCUAAAAACAAAAACAAAUUAGGCCGAGAGAAGAGAUUCCAACAAGGCUUUUCAGCAGGAGUGCUGGCGCCGGAAUAACUAAGCCUUGACAGGCUGCCCACACUGAGAAACCUGCUUGGUCCAAGCCAACUGGGGCACUAGGACUGUCUCGGGAACGAGCAGGGCAGCUGCAGCUUUCUCCAGGAACCCAGAGCAGGGUGGCUACCUCAUGUUCCAUGGAGUUUGAGGUCUGUCUCCUGGGUGCUAGGAGUAAAGGUGCCCACCACCGCACCCAGCUCCACCGCACCCAGCUCUACGACACGCAGCAUCACCGCACCCAGCACCACCACGCACAGCUCCAUUGCACGCAGCUCCACCGCACGCAGCACCACCACACACAGCUCCUUACAUGCACUUUUCCUCUGUGGUCUUAAGGCCUGCUCCUGAACCAUGUGGCCCUAGGAGGAGAUAGGAUUUGGACUAGGUUUUGCAAAGAGCAAGGGGAAAGGAGGGGCUUGCAGGGGUCUGAAGUAUAUCCCAGCUCUGCUCACCAGGUAUGAAUAUUGUAUCGUGAUAAAAAAAAAUUACUACUGGUGGAAAACA